GGGAGGGAGAGAGAUAUCCCUGUGAUUCCGCUCUUGAAUUUUUAACGGCGUUGUGGAACUUUUCAGACAGGUUACGAGGAUCUGGUUUCACACCAUCGUCUGUUUGGACGCUGGCUAGCCAUGUGUGGCUUUAGAGAGAGAGGGAGAGAGAGAUGAGGAAGGGAGAGAGAGAAGGGGGAGGGAGAGAAAGGGGAGAGAGAGAGAGAGAGAGAGAGAGAGAGAGAGAGAGAGAGAGAGAGAGAGAGAGAGAAGGGAGAAAGAGAGAGAGGGACAGAGAGAAGGGGGAGAGAGAGAGCAGGACAGAGAGGAAGAGAGAGAGAACGAAAGAAAGAGAGCGGGAGACGGAGAGAGAAAGAGAGAGCGAGAGAGAGAGAGAGAGAGAGAGAGAGAGAGAGAAAGAGAGAGAGACAGAAGGGUGAAAGAGAGAGAGAAGGGGAUGAGAGAGCAGGACAGAGAAAGAGAGAAGGGGGAGAGAAAGAAACGAAUAGAGUGACAAAGAGAGAGACGGGGGGGUGGUUGUUUGGUAAACAGGGUUCAGUGGGCAACUAGGUUGUAGGAUGGAGAGGAUGCAUGAAUGUAGUGGAGAGUGAACUCCAUCUAUCUAUCUGUUCUCUGGAGAAGCCCCACAUGUUGAUCUGAUCUACCUGGAUGGAUAAAUGGAUGGAUACAGGAUGUCCUGGUGCUGAAGCAGUAACCAUAGUAACAUGACCCUAAACAAACCGAGAGAGAAGGAGCCCCUUCAACACCGCUCCAGCCCCGCCCUCCUUGGAGCGCGAAGCUCCGCCCCUCACCCUGACCCCGCCCCCCAGCGAGGCCACGCCUCCCAGCGAGGCCACGCCCCCCUGGGCCUCUCAUCGUCCUAUCAACUGGGAGACACAGUGCGCUGGGACCGGUGGCUCUCUGACGAAGGAAACAGUUACAAAGACUUCCUGUAUCGCGUGCUGUUGCUAGGAGACCAUGGCGUCGGGAAGAGCAGUCUGGCCGGAAUAUUCGGCGGAGUCUCAAAUAGGGAGGAGUCGCCCGGGGUCGACCACUAUGAAAGAACGCUGACAGUCGACGGAGAAGAGACAACACUGGUCGUCAUGGAUACGUGGGAACCGGACAAACUGGAGGAAGAGGAUGUGAUGAAGAAGGCCAGUGCGUAUCUUAUCGUCUACUCCAUCACCGAUCGCUCUAGUUUUGAGUCCGCCUCCGAGCUGCGGAUCCGGCUCCGCAGAUUACGACAGGCCGACGACGUCCCCAUCAUCCUGGUGGGAAACAAGUCGGACCUGGUCCGGUCCAGAGACAUCUCUACAGAAGAAGGCCGUGCGUGCGCGGUCAUGUUCGACUGCAAGUUCAUCGAGACCUCGGCGUGUCUCCACCACCACGUGGGCGAGCUGUUCCAGGGCGUGGUGCGACAGAUCCGCCUGCGGAGACGGCAGCCCCCCCCCCGCGACGGGGGCCCGGCGGGCCAGGGGCCCGGGGAUGGGGGCCAGGCCCGCUCGGGGCCCCCCCCCCUCAGCCUGGCGAAGAAGGCGCGUCGCUUCCUGGGGGGCCUGGCCGCCCGCAACAACCAGCACCUCGCUCUGAAGGCCCGCUCCAAGAGCUGCCACGACCUGUCUGUCCUCUGAGCCUGUCUCACCCUCCACAACCUUUCUGUCCUCCGAGCCUGUCUCACACUCCAUGGCUCUGAGUCUGUCUCACCCUCCACGACCUGUCUGUCCUCUAAGCCUGUCUCACCCUUCACAUACCUGUCUCACCCUCCACGAACUGUCUGUCCUCUGAGCCUGUGUCACCCUCCACGACCUGUCUUUCCUUUGAGCCUGUCUUACCCUCCACGUACCUGUCUGUCCUCUGAGCCUGUCUCACCCUCCACAUACCUGUCUCACCCUCCACAACCUGUCUGUCCUCUGAGCCUGUCUCACUCUCCACGUACCUGUCUCAACAUCCACAUACCGGUCUGUCCUCUGAGCCUGUCUCACCCUCCACAUACCUGUCUCACUCUCCACAUACCUGUCUCACUCUCCACAUACCGGUCUGUCCUCUGAGCUUGUCUCACCCUCCACAUACCUGUCUCAGUCUCCACAUACCUGUCUCACUCUCCACAUACCCGUCUGUCCUCUGAGCCUGUCUCACCAUCCACAUACCUGUCUCACUCUCCACAUACCUGUCUGUCCUCUGAGCCUGUCUCACCCUCCACAUACCUGUCUCACUCUCCACAUACCUGUCUGACAUUUUAGCCUGUCUCACUUUCCACAUACCUCUCUGAUCUCUCAACCUCUCUCUCUCCACAGCAAAUACCUGUUUGUCCUCUGAACUUUUCUCAAUGCCCAGCAACCUGUUUCCCUCUUUGGGCUCUCUGAUGUUAGUUUGAAACUGAGACUGGGUUGUGUGACACACACACACACACACACACACACACACACACACACACACACACACACACACACACACACA